CACUCACAACCCAGGGAUUUGUGACAAAUGUCGGCCGCAUGAAUGCUUUUGCAUUUAUUAUUCCGGCCACUGCACGCACCAAGAAGAAAAAUGGGAAGUAAAAUUAAAUCCAGGGCGGUGCGUUAAAACCCUCACUCGAUCUCGGCGCCGAGGGAGGGGAAGGCAGGGCCCGAGGUGAGCGGCCUGCGCCGAGGGACGAUGUUAAAUGUCUGCGGGCUUUUGCUGCUCUCCAGUCUCUGGCCUGACCGCACUUGCUUCUUCCGCAUUUUCCUAGGGGUUAGGCUCUGACGUUACGUAUUACGACGGCGGCGGGAGCGAGGAGCAGAGUCGAGUCGAGUCAGCCCCUCCUCCUCCUCCCCGCAGCCAUCAAACAACAAAGCCUGAUUGGCAGGGCUAGGCCCGACCCGACCCUCCAGCACUCGGCCCAGCCAGGAAAGGCUGAGCCUGCCAGCCCAGCGAAGGAGGCGAAUCGUCCCGAAAUCGGGCCGCCGGCGGCCGGUUUGACUCACCAGGACGGUGGCUGUGGCCAAUCAGCUCAGAGGCAGUCCGCUGCACUGAAGAGAUUCUAAAUCUUCUGGUUAUGUUAGUCAGCCAGGAGUUUCCUGGUUGGCCCAGGUUAACAACCCCAAUCAAGGACCUCAUAGUCAACAAGAUCCAGCUGGUUCCAAUUACUCCAGAAACAAUGGGAGGUGACUCCUUCAUUUAGAUGUGCCUGGAUUAAAUGCCACAGCCUGUGAUCUACUUCUAUACACACUGAGAAAAUGUUUUUAAUGUUUUAGCAGUGAUUAAUGAAGUUUGUAGACCAUGGAUGAAGAUGUAGGAAGGCUUGAACUGCAGCAACAGGAACCCAAGGUGAUUUUUGAUAACACAGCUCAAGAAGUGACUUCGGAACACAUUGAUGGACAUCAUAUUCUUGUAGAAGUUCAAGAGACUGUCUUUGUCGAUUCUGCUAUCAAUUCUGGUUCCCACUUUGUCUCUGAUGAUACAGACUCUGUUGUAAUACAGGAUGUAAUUGAAGAUGUUGUCGCUGAAGAUAUUGUUGCUGAAGAUGUUCACUGCCCUGAAAUAAUUGAGGAGCCAGAAACCAUUAUUGUUCCUGAACAAGUACUGGACACAGAUGUUGCCACAGAGGAGACCUUGAGUACAGUCCCUGAAGAUGUUUUGGCUUCUGACAUUAACUCAGAGACCAUUUGUGUUUCAGAACAUGUCCUGACAAGUGAAGAUGUGUCUGACAUGGCGACUGUUGAGGAUGUUGCUGUCACAGAAGCUGAAAUAGUCACAGACGCCUUGUCACCUGACGUUGAAGAAGUUCUAGUGACAGACCCUGCUACAGAGACUGAGAUAGACACACAUAGUUUACAUGUUCAGAAUCAGGAGACCGUUCCAGUCACCAUUGAGACUCCAGGAGGAAAUAAAGAUGCCAGUGAGGAUUAUUUAAUGAUUUCCUUGGAUGAUGAUGGAGGAAAGAUUGGACAUGAAGGAAAUAGUGAACUAAAAAUUGAAAGUGGCCUGUCGGCACAGGGCGAUCGUUUAAAAGCAGAUGGUGCUUGUUCUGAAGUCAUUAAAGUUUACAUUUUCAAAGCAGAUGAUGGAGAUGAUGAUUUGGGUGGAACUGUGGAUAUUGGUGAAAGUGAACCUGAUAAUGAUCAUGCAGUUGGAUUACUGGAUCAGAGCACUGUAGGCAGAAUAUCACGAGAGAAGAUGGUUUACAUGACUGUUAAUGAUCCCAGCCAGGAGGAUGAGGACAUAAUGAAUACAACACAGCAAGAAGAGAACUGCUACCUUCAAACAAGUUGUACUGAUAUUGCAGAUGAAGUUUACAUGGAAGUCAUUGUAGGAGAAGAUGAUGCAACAGUAGGUCAUGAGCAACAAAUUGAAGACGCAGACAUUAGCAAGACAUUUGUGCCUGUAGCUUGGGCUACUGCAUAUGGUAACAGUUCCGAUACUGUAGAGAACAAGAAUGGAACUGCCAGCCACCCUCUACAAGCAGAUGGAACAGCUGAGCUUAACAGGCUGGCAAAACCAAAGUCAAGGAAAAGGAGGAGACUUGAAAGUAGACAGUAUCAGACAGCAAUCAUCAUAGGGCCUGAUGGUCAUCCCAUAACUGUUUAUCCAUGUAUGAUCUGUGGAAAAAAAUUCAAGUCCAGAGGUUUCCUGAAGCGACACAUGAAAAAUCAUCCAGAGCAACUGACCAAGAAAAAGUACCAGUGUACUGACUGUGAUUACACUACUAACAAGAAAAACAGUUUACACAACCACCUGGAGAGUCACAUGCUUAUGAACAAAGUGGAGAAGACCUAUGAGUGUGAUGAAUGUGGCAAAGAGUUUUCCCAUCCAGGAGCACUGGUUUCCCACAAAUUGGUUCACCGUGAAAAGGGAGCCACAAAGAUGCACAAAUGCAAAUUUUGUGAGUAUGAGACUGCAGAACAAGGGCUUCUGAAUCGUCACCUCUUGGCUGUGCAUAGCAAGAAUUUCCCACACAUAUGUGUGGAGUGCGGCAAGGGAUUUCGCCAUCCUUCAGAGUUGAGGAAGCACAUGCGAACCCACACUGGGGAGAAACCCUAUCAGUGCCAGUACUGUGACUACAAAUCAGCUGAUGCCUCAAAUCUGAAAACUCACAUGAAGACAAAGCACAGCAAGGAUCUACCAUUCAAAUGUGAGCAUUGCUUGAUGACAUUCACAGAUGCCAAAGAACUACAGAAACAUGCCAUCAUGCAUCAGGGACACAAGACCCACCAGUGUACGCAUUGUGAUCAUAGAAGUUCCAACUCUAGUGAUUUGAAGCGCCAUAUUAUUUCAGUCCACACCAAGGACUACCCUCAUAAGUGUGAAGUAUGUGAUAAAGGCUUUCAUCGACCCUCUGAGCUUAAGAAACAUAUGUCCACUCACAAGGGUAAAAAACUGCACCAAUGUAGGCACUGUGACUUUAAAAUUGCAGACCCUUUUGUUCUUAGCCGUCAUAUUCUUUCAGUUCACACCAAGGAUUUGCCAUUCAGAUGUAAACGUUGCAAAAAGGGCUUUCGACAACAGGUUGAACUUAAGAAGCAUAUGAAGACCCAUAGUGGCAAAAAGGUUUAUCAGUGUGAGUACUGUGAAUAUAGCACUACUGAUGCCUCAGGCUUUAAACGGCACGUUAUUUCAAUUCACACAAAGGACUACCCACAUCGUUGUGAUUACUGCAAGAAAGGCUUCCGAAGACCUUCAGAAAAGAACCAGCAUAUCUCUCGACAUCAUAAGGAUGCAGUUUUGGUCGAGGGGUUACCAUGAACUAUUUCCAAGUUAGGAAGCAGCUACUUCCAAUACAUCCAUUGUAUGGUAAAAAAAUAUUGUGUACAUUUGUCGUUAAAGACUUAGAAGUUAAGUUCACUUCAAUAAUUGAACUAACUUAUCCCCUUUUCCAAUUGUAUUGUGUCUUAGAUUGAAGAUCGAGUCUAAAAUGAAAAGUUACAUGUCCACAGACGUAGAAAUCCAUUUAAAUGGACAGGUUUUGCGACGUGGUGUCAGAUCUUGAGAGAUGAAUGUAAUAAAUUAGUUGCAACCAAUCAGCUACAGCUUUGGCUUCUGCCAUUAUAUAAUUACUGAAUCCAAAAUUAGCUAUUUUCUGAGAACAGUUUAGCUUCAGUUCAAUUAUGGAUGGCAAAUGUGGUCCUUUUAUUAGUUUGUAUCAUUGCUCAGUUUUGUUGAAGUGCUACCGUUUAUGAGCUUGCUUGCUUGCCUGCUUACUGGCUGAAAUCCAUGUUAUCAGCACCUCCUCCUGUAUUUUGAAAUUUCAUUUGGUGUUGGAAUUGUAGUUAUUUUUCCAUCUGUGCUUCUGAUGCUUCAGUGUAUUAUGGUAAUGGUAUGUUUUCAGCCCUCAUCUGGAUUUACAUUUUUAUUACAGUUUCAUCUUUUUAAAAGAGGAAAAAAAACUUCACUUGAUGUAACCUUGGGACUAAAGGCCUUUGCCUAACUACAUUUUACUUCCAGAUGUGCUUCAUUCCUCUGUGUCAGGUGUGGUCUAGCAAUGUAUUGUUGUGGCAGAAUUAUCUCAACAAAUUUACUUUUCCAUAUAUGGUGUGUAAAAAAAAAAAAAAAAAAAAGACCGCUCAUGUUUUUACAA